AUGACAGAAAUGGAUGAUGGCUCUUCGAGACCUCCACAAAUCUCUGAAAUGUUUCAGAAAUUCGCUCUCGCUUUCAAGACCAAAACUUUCGAGUUCUUCGCGGAAGAGGAAGCUGAGGACUCCGAUAGCUUAGCACUCUCGACUCUGCUGAAGAGGUCAUCACAGACCAGAAGGUCUUUGAGCAGAACCCAGAUCAGACCUAUCAAUACCCAGAUGACCCAGACUCUGCUUUCGUCGAUUUUUGCUACGGUUUCGUCGUUCGAAGCUUCGUACCUUCAAUUACAGACUGCCCAUGUGCCUUUCGUUGAAGAAAAUCUCAAGGCAGCUGAUCGAGCUCUGAUCUCUCACCUUCAGAGGCUCUCAGAAUUCAAGCAUUUUUAUAGAGAUUUUUGUACAAGUUCUAAUUUUGGUUCUGAUAUUCCAAUUGGGUCUUGCUUGGAAGCUCAGGUGCAAGAGAAUCAGAGCAAGCUUAGGACUUUGGGAACCAUGUCCAACAGGUUACAGACAGAGAUUGAUCAAAAAGACAAUGAAGUUAUGGCUCUGAGGAAAAAAUUGGGUGAGAUUCAAAAGUCUAAUUUGAAACUAUCUAAGAGGUUAUCUGCUACUUUAAAUUCUCCUUGUGAAGUUUUGUUGUCCGUUAGAGUCUUUGAUUCGGUUCUACAUGAUGCUUUUAGAUUAACACACAGAUUUACUAAAAUUUUGAUAACUUUGAUGGAGAAAGCUGGGUGGGAUUUAGAUUUGGCUGCUAAUUUAGUUCAUCCUGAUAUUGAGUAUGUUAAAAAAGCGCAUAACCGGUAUGCUUUCUUGUCAUAUGUUUGUUUGGGAAUGUUCAAAGGUUUUGAUUCAAAAGGUUUUGGUUUAGAUGAGAGUGAAAUGUUGUGUAAUGGGCAUGGUCCGGAGUUGGAUAAGAAUAAGGCUUCUUUGAAGCAAUUACUUGAGCAUGCGUCAAGCAAUCCAAUGGAGUUGUUAAGUAGGAAUCAAAACUGUGAAUUUUCAAGAUUUUGUGAGAGCAAGUAUCAAGAGAUUAUCCACCCCACCGUGGAAUCUUCAAUUUUUAGUAAUUUGGAUAGAAACCAAGUUGUGUUGAGUUCAUGGAGGUCUUUGAGUGUAUUCUAUGAUUCAUUCGUUAGCAUGGCUAGCUCGAUAUGGAUGCUCCAAAAGUUGGCCUACUCUUUUGAUCCAGCGGUUCAGAUAUUCCAAGUGGAAAGAGGCAUAGAUUUUUCUAUGGUGUAUAUGGAAGAUGUCACUAGGAGAUUGUUGUUGCCAGGUACAACCAGGAUGAAAGUUGGGUUUACAGUGGUUCCGGGUUUUAAGAUUGGAAGGACAGUAAUUCAAUCCCAGGCAAAGGCAGGAGGUGAUCAGAUGAGGCUGUUGAUCUUUUGA